UAGCCCUUUUGUUACCUGUAUUAGAGUACCUGGCUGUUGUAAGUUAGUAACAUGUUUAAGAUGUCUCCAGAGAAUCGAAACAGCGAGCGAUGUAGCCUAAAAAAACUUUAAAUACAACAAAACCUACAGUGUUGGCACUGCAGUAAGUGCAAGUAUUUUUUCUACCUGCAAGGCGCAGCAAAUGGGAAUUGUUAAUUAGGCUCUACCGUGAAGGUAAGGACGAAUAGGAGGCACUUCCUCCAAGAACUCAUUCACCUUUCAAGUCCGACCCUCUCUCAAGUUUCAUUUUGGAGUUCUUAACCACCUUUCAGGUCGUCAUCAGCAUCUCACCUGUAUUGCUGGACCAUGGAUUUCCCACGGUCGAAAAUUUCAAAUGCGCUUCAGCUUCAAGUCGCGGAAAAUAGGCGGUUUACGUGCAUCUGGAAGGGUUAGGAAACCUGCCAAUGUGAACGGAAAGCGUAACCACUUACAGUACAUGGCCUCUGGACAAAGUGGUAACGAUCAUGCACAAACCCCUCCGAAAGUGGAGUCUCUACGUGUUCCUGUGUUUUGGCGUCAUAUACCUCAGAAUUGGGGCCCUGUCCUCAGUGGUGGCUCUGGGUGCCAACAUCAUCUGCAACAAGAUUCCCGGGCUGGCACCUCGCCAGCGGGCUAUCUGCCAGAGUCGCCCAGACGCCAUCAUCGUUGUAGGUGAAGGCGCCCAGAUGGGCAUCAAUGAGUGUCAAUACCAGUUUCGAUAUGGACGCUGGAACUGUUCCGCGCUGGGAGAAAGGACAGUCUUCGGUCAGGAGCUGCGAGUAGGCAGUCGGGAAGCAGCGUUCACCUACGCCAUUACAGCGGCAGGGGUGGCCCACGCUAUCACAGCAGCGUGCAGCCAGGGCAACCUGAGCCAGUGCGGCUGCGACCGGGAGAAGCAAGGGUAUUACAAUCAGGAGGAAGGCUGGAAGUGGGGAGGCUGCUCGGCUGACAUCAAGUACGGAAUCGAGUUCUCUCGACGCUUCGUGGAUGCCCGCGAGAUUAAAAAGACCCCACGCCGCCUGAUGAAUUUGCAUAACAAUGAGGCAGGCAGAAAGGUUCUAGAAGAAAGGAUGAAGCUAGAGUGCAAGUGUCACGGUGUGUCAGGCUCCUGCACCACCAAAACCUGUUGGACUACACUUCCCAAGUUCCGUGAGAUUGGCUACGUACUUAAGGACAAGUACAACGAAGCCGUGCACGUGGAGGUAGUUCGGGCUAGUCGACUGCGCCAGCCCACCCACCUCAAAGUGAAGCAGACUCAGGGCUACCGCAAGCCCAUGGAGACAGACCUUGUCUACAUCGAGAGGUCGCCCAACUACUGCGAGGAGGAUGCAGCCACAGGGAGUGUGGGCACCCAGGGACGACUGUGCAACCGCACCUCGCCACAUACAGACGGCUGUGACCUUAUGUGCUGUGGGCGGGGCUACAAUACACACCAGUACACCAAAGUGUGGCAGUGCAAUUGCAAGUUCCAAUGGUGCUGCUUCGUCAAGUGCAACACGUGCAGUGAGAGGACGGAGGUAUUUACCUGCAAAUAAGGACCAGAGGAACUCAGUGCCAGGAAGUGAGGCACCAAGGACUAGCUGAAUAAGGAAGAGUCAAGCGAGCGAUAAAUGUGUGACAUGGACCAGUGAAAGAUUUUGAAAUAAAGGAAUGGAAUUUACACUAUCAGCUCUUCAUGGCAUCGUUUUGCACAGCAGAAUCUAUCUAAUUUCUUUUCAGAAAGUAAAUGCUAAAUAUCAGUAGGUAAUACCCAUGAGCUUUACUGUCACAUAGAGAUUGUCCUCCUGUACUGAUGUAUCCACAGUGAAGUUGGGACUACAGAUAAUGAAUGAGACCCUUAGUGGGAACUGUGCUUUGCACUCUGGGAUUGUAAUUGUUGAAUUCACAAGAGACUUGUGCAUGGAGAGAAAACAGAGUAAACUGGGAAUUGAUCAAAAUGACAGCAGCUGAUGAGGUUGUGACUGGGAGAGAUUUGUCAAGUUUUCGAUUGAAAACUUUUAAGGGUUUUGUCAUAUUUUCACUAAAGGGGAGCAAAAGUGAAUCUUGGCAUGAAUGACCCCCCCAAAUUGGCUGGGACGUAUGUUGGAGGUUUGUAGAAAUGAAGAACAUUUUGUAAGUAUGGUGCGUUGGGGUGCGCCAAAAUCUGAGUGGAGAACUCUGUUAAACCCUCUGCUGCCAACUGGAAUAUGGUGGAGUAUGUUAGUUUUCCAGUCACACUGGAACUGUCUGUUCUGAACACUGAAAAUAAAUUGUUUAUUUAUGUUAUAGUAUCUUAAAACGAAGCACUAACGGGUAGAGAUGUCUUUUUUGUACUAAGUGUAAAGAAAAAUACUUUUUAGAAACUCUGACUGAAGAUGUGUGUCUAUUAGAAAAUUAUCCCCCAAUCCCUAAAACACCUCAUCUUUUCAUAAAAAGAAAAAAAAAAAGGUUACAUUUCUACUGGUGUGUUGACAACAUCAUUACAGUGUGUUUUCACAUUCAAACACCUUGAUUCUAUUUUACUGUAGCAUAGUUUGUGUGCAGUCCUUUUCUCCAAGCAGUAACAUCGAUUUGGAUGAUUUUGCAAUUUCAGUUAAAAGACAGUAGCAAGAAAAAAA